CUCUGCCGUGUAUGGUAGUGCAUGCUUUGGGUUCUGGUGUCACACUAAAGAUUGCGGACACAACCAAGCGGUUCGCACCUUUCAAUCCGAACGUCUCUUUGUACAACCAAUCUGACCAGUCACUCUACCUCACACGUUUCCAUAGACACUUGGCAGAUUAUUUAUUUACUUGCGGCUAUCCUAAAGCUGCUUUGAACUUGGCUCGAGAAAAUCCGGAGCUCAGCGUGCUCUGCUUGUCGGAUCUGUAUGAAGAAGCUGUCGUAAUCGAAGAUGCUCUUCAUCGUGGCGAUACAGGCCCGGCUCACGCUUGGCUUCAGGAAGCGAAUUUUAAACUAAGAAAAAACGAGAGCCAUUUCGAGUUUGACCUGCGCGUGUUUGCAUUCUAUCUGUUGGUUCGUCAAGGGAAACGAUUAGAGGCCAUACAACACGCGAGGAAACACAUGAGUUCGGUAAAGAAAUCUGAUGACUACAGGGCCACGAAACUUGGUCAAACGAUGAUUCUCCUGGCCAUGAGAACUCCAAAGGAGCCUGAAGUCAUAGCGGAAGCGAGUGACCUCACGGAGAAGUGGAUUGCUAAACGUGCUCAAGAAGUUUUUUUGGAUUUUUAUUCCUAUCUGGCUCAUUCACCUUUUCAGUUGAUUGUGAAUGCUGGCAUCUCAGUCAUCAAGACAUCAGUGUUACGACCCAAAAACGCAACAUUGUGA